CCGUCCCCUAGGUUCCUCGCAAAUCCGUCCGGCGCCUCGCUUCUAGCAGCAACCUUAUUACGCUACAUAGUAGCGGCAUAUAACUGAACGUGCGAGGAUCACCUCCGCUCCAAUUUCAUUUUCCUGAUGUCUUUAAGUCGUCGUCUGUUGUGGGUCGGUUCGUUAAUCGGUAGCAUAGCGCCACUCUAACCGCCAGCGUCCGCGUUCAUCAGUGCUGGCCCGACAUUGCGUGCUCUUCGGCUCGAGCGGUCAGUAAGAACCGUCUACAAGCGUCCGUAAGAACCGUCUAAAAACGUCAGUAAAACCGUCUAGAAACGCCAGUAAGAACCGUCUAGAAGCGUCUAGAAUCGUCUGCGACAUGGCAGCGGCGAAGGCAAUCGCUAGUCGUCCGGCGUUUAAAGCCGGCUCCGACGGCGGAUUCGAGGGGAGCUGCGGUCUUAGCUCCGCGGAUCGCGCGGCGAAGGCGGGGAAUCGCGCGCAGCUGGCGGCGGUGUUCCGCGCGUACGGCCGCUUGCGCGGAGCGCUGCAGCGGCGGAGAGGCGAUGGCGGGGAGCCGGUUGCGGAUAAAGACAUCCAGGCGGCGUUCUUUGCCAUGCUGGACGCGGCUCAGGUGUACGAAGGGUCGCAGCGGGGCUGAUCCCCCGCUACGCGCGCUUCUGCCCCUCGGGAUUGCCGGACGCAGCGCAGACGCUCAUGCAGCUGGCGGACUGGUGUGUGGUGGAGCUGCGACAGCGAGAGGG